UAGGGAGUCGUCCUGCCAGGGGAGGCUCCGGAAGCCAGGAGGGGUGCUCAACCAGAAAGCACCAGACCUGGGACGGUGCGCGGGCAAAGCGCUGCAGGUAGAGGGAAGAGCGGUUGCAAAGGCCUUGAAGUUUGGCGCAUUCCUGGAACCGUGGAAAGCCCAGCGUGACUGGAGGAAGAUGCGAGGGAGGUGGCAGAAGUGGGCGAGGGCUAGAUCGCCUGGUUUUAGAGCUUUGGAGACCACCCGAAGGAGUUUGGGUUUUAUAAUGUAGUACGGGGUGCAACUUUUUGCAAAUUGUUUAUUCAUCCAAUACAUUUUUGUUGAGUAUUUACUAUAUGCAGAUAAUGUCCUAGGCACUGAGGAUGCAGCAGUGAAGAAAACAGUGCCUGCCCUGGCAGAGCUGACAUUCUAGUGGGUGAGACAAACCAUGAGCCCAGUACAUAAGUGAAAUACAUAUCCCAGGUCAUGUGAUAAUGUGCGCAGAGAAUGAUAAAGCAGAGGAGGUGCAUAAGGAGUGCUGGGGUGGGGGUGGAUGGCAAUGACAUUCGAGCAGGACUUGAAAAAGAGGAGGGAAUGAGCAGUACAGGUAGUGAACACCGGCGUGAAGUCUCUGCGGUGGGGAAGCUUAGUGUGUGCCAGGUGUAUCGAGAAGUGCAUGCAUGGUAAUUAUGUGCGGUGAAGGAUGUUAGCUAACCCUACUGUGGUAAACAUUUAGCAACAUGCAGAUAAGUGUAUCACAUUGUGUUGACUUAUACUACAUGGUGUGUGUCAAUUGUAUCUCAAUAAAGCUGGGGGAAGAAAACCAUCCUCAUGGCUGCAGCAGAGUGAGGAAAGAGAGACUAGUGGGAAAUGAGGUCAGAGAAGAGUGACAGCCAGGAGGUGGAUGCCCUGUAGGCCAUGGAAAGGACUGGCUUUUACCUUGAGAGAAAUGGGGAACCAUUGCAGGGUUUGAGCAGAGAGACAUGUUGAAAGGACCACUGUGUUGACCAUAGACUCUAGUGGCUAGAGUAGAAGCAGGGACACCUGUCAGGACGCUCCUAGAAUAAUCUAGGCAACGGAUGUUGGCCAUUGGGACCAGGUGGUAGCAGUGGCAGGGGCAAGAGUAAGAGGGAUUGUGGACUUAGACAGGAAGUGGCAUUAGCUAAUGGAUUGGACGUGAGGUGGGAGAGAAAGCAGAGUCAGGGAUGAUAAGAGACUUUUGGCCUGAUUGGGACUUGCGGUUCCCAUCAACCAAGAUGGAAAAGGCUGUGGGAAAAGCAAGUUUGAGAGGGAAAUCUGUGAUCCCCAUUAACUUUGCACACAGGGAUGUAGAUGGGCUAGUUUGAUAAAAGAGCCUGGAAUUCAGAGGAGAGGUCUGGGCUGGAGAAGUCAGUAUAGUUGGUUUUUAUUUUGAAGUAACAGCUUUAUUGAGAUAUAAUUUACAUACCAUAUAAUUCAAUUUAAUGUGUACAGUUCAGUGGUUGUAGUAUUUCACAGUGUCGUGCAACCAUCACUACAAUCAAUUUUAGAACAUUCUCGUAGAUUUGUUUUAAAGCCAUGGGAUUAGACGAGACAAGCGUCUGAGGACCGAGCCCCAGGGCACUCUGUGUGGGAAGGUUAGGAGGAUGAGUGAAGACCGGAAGCCAAGUGUAGAAAGUCUUGCAAGGAGACGGAAGCUAUCGAGAGGCACGGGCCACUGACAGGGCAAGUAGUGAGGACAGAACUGAUUGUUGGGAUUUAGCAGCGUGCAGGUGACCUGGCCAAGAGCAGUCCCAGUGGCAUGGUGGGAGUGAAGGCCAGAUCAGAGAGGGUUUACGAACAGGAGAUGAGGAACUGGAAACAGUACAAUCUGUCAAGGAGUUUGGCAGAGAAAUAAGGCAGUUGCUGGAGGGGGUAUGAGAUCAAUUGUCUGAGGAGGAGAGGACGUGGGACCUGGGGCCCAGCUUCUCUUCCCUGGAGCAUGGAUUCUUCAUGCUGAGGAAAAAGAAUGUGGAAAUGGGACAGACACUGGCAGAUGCAAAGGUGUGGGACCUUCCAAGUUUUAGAUAUUUACUUUGUGCAAAAUGAAGCCAUCAGCUGCAAGUAAGGAUGAGGUACAGAUAGUGCAGGAUUGAGGAAGGGCAUUUGGUGGAGAAGGUCACCUGGAUGGAGUGAGAGAAUGGAUUUGGAGGGACAAGAUUCUGAACUUGGACGUCAAGGCCCUGCUUAAUCUGGCCUCUGUCCACCUGUCCAGCCUCUCCUCCAUCCACUCCUCUCGUCUGCUUCCCAGCUGCCGUGGCUGCCUUUCAGGUUUUAGAUGACCUCAAGCACUUUUCCACUUUCCCCCUCUGCCAGAAAUAUCUUCCCUUUGCUGGUUGAGGGGAUUGUGAGACAUCUCAGUGGGAGGAGCCGAGAUACAGUCCGGGGCUGGAGGUGGGAGUCUGAGAGGAGGUGUGGAGUGGGGGAACCACUGGGGGUCAUUGGUGCCUUCCCUCAUGAAGCAAAGGCCCUGGUCACCAAGCUUAUGUUCUAGUGAGGGGCUAGGCGACAAAUAGAGAAGGCAAUAUGUGACUGAUGGAGAAAAAUCAAGCAGGUGAGGUGGCCAAGGAGGGAGUGGUCAGGGAAGGCCUUGCCAAGAGGUGAUAGCUGAGCAGAGACAUAUAAGUCAGGGUGAGCCGACCGUAUUGUGGAGGAAGAGUGGCCCAGGCAGAGGCAGCAGCGGGAUCAUGUUUAGCCUGGUAGGGUGGCUGGGGUGGAGUAGAGGGAUGGAGAGAAGGAAGGGGGUGAGGGCUGAGAGGACCGGGGCUUGUUGGCCAUGCGCAGGACUGGUGUUUAUGCCAGUGAGAUGGGCACUGUUGGGGGUUUCAAGCUGAGGGAUGUGAUCUGACUUAGGAGUUAACAGCCUCUCGUUGCCUUGUGAAGAACAGCUGUGAAGGGCAGGGAGGAAGCCAAGACUUCGUAGGAGGCUGUAGCUGUCAUCUCUGCCAGGGAUCUCCCGAUGACGGGGUGCAGCCCUGUGUUCGCCAUGCAGCACGUCACGGGUGUGCCCCCUGUGCUGGUGCGGAGAGGCCUCCUUGGAAGGGACCAUUCUAUGACCAGGACUCUCUGCAGCCCGAGCCCCAGCCAGCCGAGAGAGAAAGGCCCUGAGGAGGUGGCCCUUGGGCCAUACCGCCGCCUCACAGUGCUGGGAAGAGCCCUGGGCCGUGGCAUUCAGCAGCGAGCGUCCUCCACAGCCAAGACUUGGUGGGACAGAUAUGAAGAGUUUGUCGGACUCAAUGAGGUUCGAGAGGCCCAGGGAAACGUGACUGAGGCGGAGAAAGUGUUCAUGGUGGCUCGGGGGCUCGUGCGUGAGGCUCAGGAGGACUUGCAAAGGCAGCAGGCCAAGCUGAAGGAGGUGAGGGACCGCUUGGACCGCAUCUCCAGAGAGGACAGCCAGUAUCUGGAACUGGCUACCCUGGAGCACAGGAUGCUGCAGGAGGAGAAGAGGCUUCGCACGGCCUAUGUGCGUGCUGAAGACUCUGAGCGAGAGAAGUUCUCCCUCUUCUCUGCGGCCGUGCGGGCAAGUCACGAGAAGGAGCGCACUCGGGCAGAGAGAACCAAGAACUGGUCCCUCAUUGGGUCAGUCCUGGGCGCCCUGAUUGGUGUGGCUGGUUCCACCUACGUGAACCGUGUGCGGCUACAGGAGCUGAAGACCUUGCUCCUGGAGGCACAGAAGGGGCCUGUGAGCCUCCAGGAGGCCAUCCGAGAACAGGCAUCCAGCUACUCCCUCCAGCAGAGGGACCUCCAUGACCUCAUGGCGGACCUACGGGGCCUGGUGCAAGCCGGGCCAGGGCAGAGCUCUGAGUCCCAGGCAGGUACUUCCCCGGCCCGAGACAGAGACACAGAUGUCCUUUCAGCUGCCUUGAAAGAGCAGCUCAGCCAUUCCAGGCAGGUCCGUUCCUGUCUAGAGGGUUUACGAGAGCAGCUUGACGGCCUGGAAAAGACUUUCAGCCAAGCAGCUGGGGUGGUUCAGCUUGCAAAGGCUGUGGCACAUCCAGGCCUGGUGGACCCAGCAGAUGGGGCGCUGCCUGGCUCCUUGCUGGAGCAGGAGGGCGUGAUCUUGGCGCUGUCGGACAUGGAGCAGAGGCUAGAAGCCCAGGUCAACAGGAACACCAUCUACAGCACGCUGGUCACCUGUGUGACAAUUGCAGCCACCAUGCCUGUGCUCUACAUGCUUUUUAGGGCCAGCUAGCACCUGGACCCUCCUCCAGAGGGCCUGAGGGAUGGGUGUGGAUGCGGAUUUAGUUAGAGAAUCCCAGCAGUGAAGUGAGCCUUUGGGGUACACACAACCUCAGCCGGAGUCUGAGUACCAUCUCUGUGGCUCACUAGCAGGCACACUUGGCUUUUUAGGCAAUGCUCAUUUACAGUAAUUAUGAAAAUUUUGUGCUAGUGUCCAAUUAAAAUGUCUUUGAAUUUGUAUUAUUUAAA